AACUGCGGCAACUCCACCAGAAUUGGCCACCACCCAAAAAGAUAAUGAAGUCAUUGUCAUACAGCCAGACACCUUCCCAACCUUGCGAGGAGAUGUUGACGUCAUUCCUGUCAUUACUGCAGAGCCAGUUGAGGAGGUCACAGAGAUGGUCCCGCCAGAAACGACUGACUCUGUGACUGAAGAUGCUGACAUCGACGUCACCUCAGAGACCGACGAGACAAUACAGGAGAUAGGAGAGGACGCCACUACCGAAGCUGCCUUUGACGUCAACUCCGAAACAGCAGUUGAAGUCAUUGCUGAGACUAGCGAUGAGGCUGUCCAGGAGGUUAAUAUGGCUGCUGUUGAGGAAACAUCCGAUGCUACCUCAGAUGACACUGUGCAGAUCACAUCUGAACCUAUUGUCACUGUCAUCCAUCAGCCCAUUAAUGAGGUAAUUGGGAAAAUGUAUGAGGAAGUAAUCUCAGAAACCACACACAAUACAGUGGAGGAGGCAGAAGAGGCCGCUGCAGAGGUCCCAUCAGAAGCUGCCAUUAUGAUCCCUAUAGAGGUCCCAUCAGAGGCUGCCGUUGAGAUCCCUGCAGAGGUCCCAUCAGAGGCUGCCAUUGAGAUCCCUGCAGAGGUCCUUUCAGAAGCUGCCAUCGAUAUGCCUGUUGGGUCCACAGACAAGGAUAUCCCAGAACCUGAAAUAACAUUUAUUCCAGAAACUUCUUUGGAGGCCAUUUCUGAAACCCCUUCUGAAGCGCCUUCGGAGGCUGCCACAGAAAUCACUUCAGAUACCAUAGACAAGGAGAUCACAGAGGGUGCCACAGAAAUCACUUCAGAUACCAUAGACAAGGAGAUCACAGGGGAGAUCACAGAGGGUGCCACAGAAAUCACUUCAGAUACCAUAGACAAGGAGAUCACAGAGGGUGCCACAGAAAUCACUUCAGACACCAUAGACAAGGAUAUCACAGAGGGUACUACAGAAAUCACUUCAGAUACCAUAGACAAGGAGAUCACAGAGGGUACUACCGAAAUCACUUCAGAUACCAUAGACAAGGAGAUCACAGGGGGUACUACAGAAAUCACUUCAGAUACCAUAGACAAGGAGAUCACAGAGGGUGCUAUAGAAAUCACAUCAGAUACCAUAGACAAAGAGAUCACAGAGGGCGCCACAGAAAUCACAUCAGAAACCAUAGACAAGGAGAUCACAGAGGGUGCCACAGAAAUCACUUCAGACACCAUAGAUGAGGAGAUUAAAGAGGCUGCCAUAGAGGUCACUUCAGAUACCACAGAUGAGGAGAUCACAGAAGCUGUGGUAGAAGAAAACGUCACUUUGGAGACCACUUCAGACAUUGCUACCAAGGCAACGUCAGAAGAUACUACAGAUGAGGAUAUUCCAGAGGAUGCAGCAGAAUUAACUCCAGAAGUUUCUCCAGGGGACACUUCAGAGCCUGAAGCUGCCAUGGAGAUCCCUUCAGAGGGUUCAGAUGGAGAUGUUCAGGAGCUCCCUGUGGAGACCACCUCAGAGGCUACAGUAAAUGUUGCCCCAGAAGACACUGAAGAGGAGACCCCUGAGAUUUUAGAGGAAGUUAUCUCAGUUGCCACAACUCAUUUGAUACUCGAGGCUACGGAGGAGAUCACUCCAGAGGCUGUACUAGAGGAUACUGUAGCCACUACUACUAAUGAAGUGGUAAUAGAAAUUGGUCCUGAGGAAGAAGUCACUCCAGAAACUUUAGUAAAGGCCAUUCCAGAGGAUGUAACAGGGAUCACUGAAGAAGCAACAAUAAAGGCUGAAGUAGAGAUGAAGGAAGUUACGAUGGAGGUCACCUCAGAAGCCACUUUGGAGGUCACUCCUGAGGUUGAGGAGAUUACAGAAGAAACUGCAGUAGAGGACAAUCCCGAGGUGGAGAUAGAGGUAACUCCAGAGUCUACUGAAGAAGUUCCUGAGGAAGCAGAAGAGGUCCCUUUGGAGACUGCAGUGGAAGAAAUCCCCCCAGAGACUGUAGAGAUAACUCUGGAAGCUGCUGAAGAAGACUCAACAGAAACUGUAGAAGAAAUAGUUUCAGUGACUCCAGAAGAGAUAACACCAGAACAUUCAGAGGAGGAAAUUCCAGAAACUUCAGAGGAGGAAAUUCCAGAACCUUCAGAGGAGGAAACUCCAGAGGCUUCAGAAGAGGUCCCAUCUGAGGCAGUAGAAGAUAUCAUUCCAGAAGCUACAGAAGAGGCUUCCAAAAGACAAUUACUGAAACUACAGAAGAGGCUUCCGAAGAGAUCAUUCUAGAGCGUUCAGAAGCUGGAGCAGAGAUAACCACAGAGGCUGCAGGUGAGUCCACUCCAGAGGCGACACAGGAGGCUGCUGUGGAGAUUACUCAUGAGGUUACCACUGAAACUGGAAUUUUGACAGACACAGAGGAGAACAAUAAUGGCGAUCGUUAUAGGGAUGCAGAGGAGAACAAUAACGGUGAUCGUUAUAGGGUCACAGAAGAAACAAAUGAUGACUUCCUAGGGAUCCAAGAUAUCAUAACAGAGGUGGAAAACACGCUGGGCAAUGAGAUCGAGGACAUCAUGACGAGGCCGUCCACACCCAUGAAGGAGCAGGUGGUAGAACUCAGAAUCCAGCUAAAGGGAGAGAACUACAACGACGCCCUGAGAGACCCCUCUAGCUUCUACUACCAACGCGUGGCCAAACAUUUCACCCAUAAAAUUGAAGAUGCAUUUGAAAGGUUACCAGGAUUCAAGAAGGUCUUUGUAGUUGAAUUCAGG